CAGUGCAGGCUUGACUGAUCCACCAGAAGCAGUCGAUUAGUAAACAAUAGUCAACAUGAAGACCUUCGUCCUGACCGUGAUUGUGGCGGUGGCCGCGGCCGCAGCUCUCCCCGACAAGACCUACGAGAGGGAGGAUACGCCGAAGCUCAAGUCUUUCAGCAGCUUCAGGAACGAGUUCACACGAUCCGGCAGCGAAGGAAAAUACUUCUUCGUCUACCACGUCGGCGACAGCGAGCGCGCGGAGGAGCGCAACGAGGAUGGCGAAGUGAGUGGCCACUUCGCCUUCGUGGCUCCCGAGGGCGACGAGUAUGAGUUCAAGUACGACGCCGACAAGGAGGGCUACCGCGUGGAGAGCGACGCCUUGCCGGAGGCCCCCGAAGACACCGACGAAGUGAAGGCCGCCAAGGAGCAGUUCUUCGAGGCCUACCAAAAGGCUCUCGAGCUCGCCGCCGAGGACGACUACGAGUACUCCGAGGAGAGUUACGAGGACUCCGACGAGUCCGACGAGUCCAGCGAGGAGUCCAGCGAAGAAGAUAGCGACGAAGAUGAUGAUGAUGAUGACGACGAGGAGGAGGAGGAGGGAGGCCAGCGACAGAGCGCCGCCUCCCACUUCGGCUUCCGCGCCCCCUACCCGUACAGCCGGAAGUAAACACCCUGUGACCGUCGUCGCGAGCUUCUCGCCGGGCGCCUCGCCUUCUGCGCCUCCGCGCGCCUCUCGCAACAGGACUGAGCAACUUUGGGAAUAUUGGCACAGCAUGUACAUAUCCGCCCUUUUCUUAUUUUUGCACCGCA